GGCUAUUGCAGGGAAUCAGGGGUACUUUGAGGGUGUUCACUGCCAGGAAGGAUGAAGGAAUGAAAAAGAACACAGGGGGUAUGUACAGUUUGUACAUUAGGGUUAGGGUACACUGGUAGGGAGGGAGAGUGAUGAAUUGAUGAGUUCUGGGCCAGCGAAAUCGAGGGAAUUCGAUUGAAUUGGUUAUCAAGAAUUUAGCAAUUCUGCUCAAUUGCGAAGGAUUCGAUCGACCAUGGAGGAAUCAACUGUGGAAUCGCAAAAAAACCAAGCUGCUUGUCAGCGAUUGAUUGAGCAUUCUAUCCAGAAAAAUCCGACGGUGAAGUUCAUGAUAGAAGCUCUGGCAAAGGCUGGUUGUCCAGUGACUGAAAAGUUCUUCAAGUCGGAAAAUUGCACGAUGGAAGCAGGUGGAGGAUUCGUCCCUCAAAUCGGGAUCUCAGUUUGCAGCAAUCACCUGCUGACAGCCACACAGGGCGAGGUGGACUUGAUCCUGACGCACGAGCUUGUACAUGCCUAUGAUCAUUGUCGAGCUGCGAAUUUGGACUGGACCAAUUGUCAACACCACGCAUGCAGCGAGAUUCGUGCUGCCAACCUGAGUGGCGACUGCAAGUGGAUGUUAGAGCUUCUGCGAGGGCAUACAAACAUCCGUCAGCAACACCAGGUUUGCGUGAGGAGAAGGGCGCAACUGUCUGUGGCAAUGAAUCCACAUUGUUCUGAGACAGCCGCAAAGGACGCCGUCGAUGCGGCAUGGAAUACUUGUUACAAGGAUACUAAACCAUUUGAUCGAGUACCUUGAAUUUGUUGAAAUUUGUCCGAACGUUUAAUACUAUGAAGAGAAUGUCUGCGGAGCCACAGGCCGUGUAUUUGCUACGCCGUCGAUAGUUUCUACCUAGUAUCUGUAGGUCGUAGUUAGGCCAUAGAGAAAGCUCGCGUGAAGGAAGCUUGUAAUAAAGAAACACUCAUUUUAGGACACCACGAUAUGUUCAGGAAGAUUGGAUUUUGAUAAGCUCAACUGUCCGAGCUAAAAUAAUCCCUCCUGAAGGGUAGGCAAUGUUGUUAGAAUGACGGAUGCAGUAAUAAACAAACAGGUUUUUUCCUCUGAACAGGUGCUCUUGAAAUUAGAUCUGUUUUUCCCUCUUUGUUAAGGCCGCUGCGGAUCGCGUUCGGAAAUUUUUAGUCGAGUGACUCUCUUGUGUGCCUCAAUCAAGUCUAGCUAUACCUUUGACAUCACAAAACAG